UUUCUGUCCUUUUUUCUGUUUAGAACAAUCAAAUUAUCCAGUCCAAACAUCAAUAAUAUCAUUAUUUUGGGAAGUAUCAUGACAUUCUCGUCCGUGGUGCUCAUGGGUACCGAUGCCCGGAUCGUUAGCCUUCAGAGGAUGGAUUUGAUAUGCAGGGCUCGACUGUGGACCCUUUCUCUCGGGUUUACACUCGCGUUCGGAGCAAUGUUCUCGAAAACUUUCAGAGUACAUAAAAUAUUCAUCAAUAAGAAACUACAGAAGCGGUCUGUAAAAGAUUACCAACUCGUGGUAAUGGUUGGAGGAUUUGUGCUUGUGGAGAGCCUCUACCUCCUCAUAUGGGAUGUUAUUAAUCCAUUACGAGCUCAAGUGAUUCAAUUUACAGAAGACUCUUCAGCAUCAGAGGAUCGGGUGAUCAUUCCAGAACUUCAGGUGUGUAGGAGAAAUGGUAUUAACAGCCUGUCAUGGCUCUCAGGGAUUUAUAUCUUCAACGGUAUACUACUCAUGUUCGGCCUUUUCCUUGCUUUUGAAACAAGAGCGGUUAAAAUCCGCGCCCUGAACGACGCCAAGAAUAUCGGCAUUUCCGUCUAUAACGUGUCCAUUCUGUCGGCAGUGGGGGCGCUGUUCAACCUGGUAAUGGACCCUAAAGACUACACAUUGGUCUACAUUGUUACCGGUAUGUGUGUGAUCGUCAGUACCAUCACUACUCUCCUCGUUAUAUUUUUACCCAAGGUUAUUGAUGUGAUAAAGUAUCCAGAUGGAGCCCCGGUGUCUACCAUGCCGGAAGAAUUCUCCACCAAUCUAAGCACAGCAAACACCAAUGCUGGAGAGCAAAGGAAGAAACCAUUCCUGCCGACAGUAUCGUCCAAAGUCGGUGACGGAGAGAGUUCAAGCAACGGGGUCCACAAUGGUCAUCCGAGUCCACAAGACGCCUGGUCGGACAAUAAGGAUCAAUAAUAAAGCGCAAGAAGAUAAUGCAAGAAAUUAUAUCAUCAAUUUUUUAGGUUGGAAUUAUCAAGAUAUCAUGGUUCGUGGACUUGUGUUGAAAGUUCCGAGUCUGAGCUCCAUAUUCCAUGUAUAAUUAUAUAUUUAAAAAAACGUAAAGUAAGCCAGUCUCUGUCAUUUUCCAUACGCUUACGAAUUUAUGUCUAAAUUUUCAGGGGGAAAUGGUUCAACUUUGCUUUGUAUGAGUUGCACCCAAAUGCCACAAUAAUAACACAGUGCCUCCAAUGUGGCACGGGUGAAAACUUAUUCUAAAACGUAACAAAAAAUGAUAGAAGUUGGUGGAGGUUUGAGGAAAAUCUGUCAAAUACUUGAUAGGUUAUUAGAAUUUUAAUCUUUUGAUUUGUGAUAUCAUAUGCGAGCAGUCUCGAGGUAUCGUGAAUUAAAAAAAAAUCAAUGAAAUGUAAUUUUUUCACAAAAUUGAAACUGAUAUUUCUUGUACCUUCAUUACAUCAACAGACAACAACAAAAAAUCACCCCUGCUCCUGAGAGAAGAUUUCAGUCAUUGUGAACCAUUCAAGAAUUGAAAUUCAUGCUUUUUAUAUUACAUUUAAAAAAUAGGGCCACUGCUCGCAUAUAACGUCACAAAUCAAAAACUUAAAACUUCAAUAACUUUCUUAAUCUUUCAUGGAUUUUCCUCAAACCUUUUCCACCAUUUUUUCAGGUAUUUUUACCAAAAACCUUUGCCCAAGCUACCCCCCCCCCCCCCCUUUUAUAAAUCACACUAAACUUCAUGGGACUCUAAAUUUGCGCGUAAAAGAACAAUUGCCACGUAGAUAUCGAAUUGCCUUACUCAACGAUAGGAUGAGACUCGAACCCAGAUGAUAUUAACUUGCAUUAUGGUGUGGUGGUGUUUCAUAAAGCUGUCCUUAAGUUACACAAGGUGUGGCUGUGGUGUUCUUGCGCUAUGAGCACUUGUUAUGCAAUGUCGAGUUGUCGUUUGUAACACCUUUUUAAUACAUUUUGUUAAAUGUAUCUCCGACUUUUCCCAUGUUUAAUUGCAUAGAAUGUCUAAAGUUCUUUUCAAAAAGUUUUUUUUUUUUAGUUUGCAUUCUCAUGCUCGUUAUAACAAUCAUGUUAAUACACUAAGAGUUGAUUUUAACUUUAGCUGAUGUUGAUCCAAAUGGUUGAGGAUCUCGUUUGGCACCCAAGACAAGUUUAUUAUUAUUGCGUAACAUGGUAAAGUCGCGCGUUACUUUCGAGCAGAUUUGUGAAACAACAUCCAAGAAUGUUCUUUGUAUUAUGUAAUUACUGUCAAUAUGAAAUCCAGGGUUUGUAUUCAACAAGUAAACUGUCAACUUUCACUUUUGUCUUCAUGUGACACAACGUGCAAUAAACUUUUGACAGACUUCAUAUCCUCUCGAUCUUGCUAAACCCACAUUAAGUUUCUUCCUUAUUCUCCCCUUACUAUUUUUCUUCGAUUUAUUGCUUCAUCUCCUCUUGAUCUUGCUAAACCCACAUUAAGUUGCUUCCUUAUUCUCCCCUAUUUUCCUUCGACUUAUGACCUCACCUCCUCUCGAUCUUGCUAAACCCACAUUAAGUUGCCUUCUUAUUGACCCCUGAUUAUUUUAAUUCGACUUGUAGUAACCAAUACUGUCCUCAUUGUUUUGUAAACUAUUUUGAAAUGUUUUCAUUUGAAAGGGAGAUUGAAAUUCUAAAUUCCGACCCGCGUCAAUCCACAAUUCAGAAUACGGGCCAAUGAAUUUACGAUAGUUGUUCCAAAUACAAUUUUUGUUUGACAUUUAUAUAGAAAAUACCUCAAGAUUAACUACAUUUCUCUCGAAUGAUAAUUUAUUCUAAAUGGAAACAAUGAUGAUACGUGUUUUACUUUUAUUUCAGUAAACAUUUUAAUUCACAAA